ACUCAGAAGUGUCAGUCCACGGUGGACCAUGACAUGGGCAAGACCAUUGAGAACUACAAUUCCCAGAAUGCUAAGGGAAAAAUGGCCGCCAAAUUACAGAUUGAAGGCACCUGAGAAGGAAUGGAGGGUUCAGUCGGACUCAUUCACCAAACAAACUGCACAACCGCAAGAUCUAUUCUGCAAAUUUCUCCCAACACACCAAUGGACGUUAACUGUGGAGGGGGCGUGGCCUGCAGGCCUGCAGCAAGGCAGGGUGUUGCCAGGACCGGCGUCGAAAUCAGCGACAGUGAGCGGCAGCCGUGAAGGGAGAGACGUGAGAAAAGGCGCUUGGAAAAGACACACACACAAAAAAAGAAGGGGGUCGGAGCCAUAAAAGCUCCCACAACAACAACAACAACACAAAGACACAGAAAGGAGCCCCGGGAAAGGCUUUCGCCGCCGGAAAGAGUGGAUAUAACUACCAGGACUCCGCGGAGAGGAAGGAGCUUCUAGAAGCAUCGCCACCCCGCGAAGUGGAGACCAGGAAGGCGGGAACGUUAACGGUAAUCCUCCUCCGGGACCCCCCCCCCCCGCCCCACCCCUUCCUGAGCUACCGGCAGCCCCUCCUUCACUUGAGGUUUCAAGCGGGAACAAGCAGGAUCUGUCCGCCCAGCCAUGGCUUUCCCAUCAGCCCCUGCUCCGUUAUGGAUUGCCGGCCUAAUGACGCUAGCCUUGGCGGUUGCGGUUCACAGCAACGUUGUCUUUGACGAAGACCCUCUGCAGCCCGUCACCUCCGACGAGAUGGUGUCGGUGGGCGGCACGGUGACGCUGACCUGCCGGGUGGCCGAGAGCGACAACUCGUCCCUGCAGUGGUCCAACACGGCCCAGCAGACGCUGUACUUCGGGGAGAAGAGAGCGCUGCGAGACAACCGCAUCCAGCUGCACCGCUCCACCUCCACCGAGCUCUCCAUCACCAUCGCCGAAGUGCAGCUGUCGGACGAGGGCGAUUACACCUGCUCCAUCUUCACCAUGCCCGUGCGCACCGCCCGGGCCACCGUCACCGUGCUAGGUGUGCCCGGCAAACCUCACAUCUCUGGAUCGGAGAAUCCGGUGCAGGAGGGGGGCACGGUCACCUUGACCUGCACCAGCACUGGCAGCAAACCCCCCGCCCGGCUGCACUGGUAUCGCGGGGACGAGGAGCUGGAAGGCCGCCCGGACGUGGUGGAGUCGGUGCUGGAUGAGCCCACCUACAACGUGAGCAGCGAGCUGACGCUGGAGGUGAGCCGCGCCAACGACAACCAGGUCAUCACCUGCGCCGUCGACCAUCCCUCGCUGGCGCCGGGAGACAAACGCAGCGAGCACACCCUGAGGGUCUUGUAUUCCCCGAACGUUCAGAUCCUGCCUGAGAGCGAUCUGCCUCGUGAGGGGGAGAAGUUUCUUCUCCAGUGUUUGGGCAACAGCAACCCUGAGCCGUCGUCCUACACCUGGGAGAAGAAGGAUGGAGAGCUCCCCCCGCUGGCCAAAGCAGACGGUGCGUUCCUGCGCUUUGAGACGCUGAACAAGUCGGACAACGGCGUGUACCUGUGCUUCGUGGACAACGGCGUCGGGAGCAGCGCUGGCGAAUACACGCUGCUGGUGCAAGACCCGGACACCACGAUUGCUUCCGCGACCUCUUCUCCUACGUCACCGCCAUCUUCCCCCCUUGCCACUGAAUCUACCUCCUCCCUCGAUGUCACGGAAAUUUCCUCCGCCCCCUUCCAGUCUGAGAGCACCGCCCCCUUCCAGUCUGAGAGCACCGCCCCCUUCCAGUCUGAGAGCACCGCCCCCUUCCAAUCUGAGAGCACCGCCCCCUUCCAAUCUGAGAGCACCGCCACGCUUUCCAACGAGCUUUUCCCCGACGCCACUCUGUCGCCCGACUCCUCCUCUUCCCCCUCCUCUCUCACUUCCGUUUCUCACACCUCCGCCUCCGCUGCUUCCUUCUCUAGUUCAUUUUCGACUUUGCCUCCCACAUCUGCAAGCGCGGCGCCUUCCUCCUCCGCCUUCACCUCCUCCUCUUACUCCUCAGUUUCCGACUCGCAGAACGGACCUUUCACUCCCACAGAAGCUGCAGACAACGCCCCAGACCCCACCGCCAUGUCCACCUCCUCAGGUGUGGACCACGCCGUGAUUGGAGGAGUGGUGGCCGUCAUCGUCUUCAUCCUGCUCUGCCUCCUCAUCGUCUUUGGAAGAUACCUCAUCAGACACAAAGGAACAUAUUUGACCCACGAGGCCAAAGGUUCCGAUGACGCUCCGGACGCCGACACGGCCAUCAUCAACGCCGAGGGCGGCCACUCCGGAGCGGAGGACAAGAAGGAGUACUUCAUCUAGUCAGGAAGCAAGGGAGCAAGGAGAAGAGAGAAGGAAAGAACAAUCUUCCAUUCGUUUGUACGCCGCUCAGUCGGAGGGGGAGGGGAGGGGGGGAGGGGUGACGACUCUCUUUGCAUCGAUACAGGGACGUGAGAUUUGCACUGACACACACACACACACACACACACACACACACACACAUACUGGUUAUCAUUUAGAAUGGGGACCAAGUUUUUGAUCGUGACUUGUGGGGACCACCCUGUCUACAGGUUGUGGAGGCUUACAAAAAACUGGUUAAAUGGCCACUGCCCGGUUAACUCAUUCACGUCUUUAAAUCUCUGGAUAGAUGAAGUAAUGUGUUGAUGAUUCUUACUGGGGACCCUGGGGGAAAAAAGAGUUAAUAUGGUUCACGGGGACCAAAUUUAAAUAAUUUUGCCUAAUUCACACAAAUUUGUACGUGACUUCUGAGGACCUAUAAAAAAAAUAAGAAUAAAAAGUUCAAAUUAAAUAUGACAUGAUUCUCAGAAUAGUGAAAAAAUAUACACGGAAGAAGUGUGAGCAGAGCAACGAGUGCAGUACCAGCUACAACCCGAUGAGGGGGCUACUGGGCAAAUGUCUCACACUCCAACUAACCAGUCGACAUGUUUUUUUGGGCCAAAGCUUAAAAAUCACUUUCAAAAUGGAUCUGACUAUCAUUUAAAAAUAUUUCCCUUUAGGGGACCUGUUUUUUUGGUCCCCAUACCGUCAGAAGUCCCCUAAAGGUGUAAACAGAGCGAUGUCCCCACUAAGUCAGAACUUACACACACACACACACACCGAGCGUCAAAUUAACCAACACACCUCCUGCUAACAUAUGAAUUAUUCGUAUUUGCGUUUUUAUUCCUCCUCUUUCUAACCAGCUCCAAAAUUGUAACUUACAUUCCGUCUUCCUGAGCUGCUACAUCGCCCGUCACUAACCACGCCCACCUUUUAACACGCCCCCUAACCCCCCUAGAACCCAGGCCUAUAACGUCCGUCCCACGAAGCGGUGCGAAUGCUCGCAGGCGCUGCCGUGUACAAUGUAUGAAUAUAGCUAUAAAUAUCUAUAAAUAUCUCGUUGGACUGUAAAUAUGAACACUGCUCAUCCGCGUCACCUUCCUCCUUCAAUACUCGUAUUGCCUGGUUUUACUACGUCGGUACUGAUAAGACUGCGUUGCAUUGUAAAUGUUUCUAAAAUGGUGUAUUUUUAUUCUUUCCGGGGACGUGAGAGGUGUGUCAGUGUUUACAGUCAACAUGUUGUCGCUGGUCUCACACACACACACACACACAUACCGCUGUUCGAUUCCCGAGCCCGUCCACGUGCGGCAAUCUAGCUAAGAGGCCCCAGAAAGUCAUUGAAGAACUUUAAUGUCCUUCUCCUUUCGCCGCUCGCACUGCGCUCGUCCAUUUCUUUUCAUUCUUUAAUCAAUCAGCCCGUCUGCGUCCUCGUCCACCUUCAAGCCCUCCCCUCCCCCCUACCCCCGCACCCCCUUUCCGCCCUUCCUCAGCCACCAUAUAAGUGAUUGAUGUCCUGCUGUGCUGUCGGGCGGGAGCACACGUGUCACUUAUGGACACUGAUGUGCACAACACCACCAUCUCAGUCAGGCGUGUCCAAAGCGCGGCCCGAGAGAGUGGCCCCGCAGCUAAUUUAACGGCCCCCAGCACAUUGAUUGAUUGAUUGAAACUUUCAUUAGUAGAUUGCACAGUACAGUACAUAUUCCGUACAAUUGACCACUAAAUGGUAACACCCCAAUAAGUUUUUCAACUUGUUUAAGUCGGGGUCCACGUUAAUCAAUUCAUGGUAGCAUUAGCUUAUAGCUAGAGAGUGACAUACAUUUUUGUUUUUUCAACCAUGGGAAGGAAGAAACAGUGCUGAGAAGAAGUCUUGUGUUUUUCGGACUAUAAGGAGCACUUAAAAUCUGUUUUUUUUCUCAAAAAUUGACAGUGCGCCUCUUCAGCAAUUUUAUUUGGAACAUGGUGUAAUGAUAAGUGUGACCAGUAGAUGGCAGUCACACAUAAGAGAUAUGUGUUGACUGCAGUGUGAUUGCAGUAAACAAUAACAUUUUAAAUGUUCAUUGAGAGUAUCAAACAUUACACACAGUGCUCAAGAAUCUGUCAAAAUGGUAAAUUCCAACACAUACUAUAAUAAAAAUAUCAAACAUAAAGAAAGUGUCAUUAAGGGGAAAGAGGUGAAGUGUAACAAGAAAAAGUUGCAAUGUUGACACAAAUAACACAAAGCUGCCAUGCGGGCUGUUACUGACCUGAUGAAAGCUCCAAUUACUUCAAUGGGACGAUUCUACUUUGACGUAUUUGGGGGGGAAAAUAUUGCAUAUUUUGUGCGAAACAAAGUUUUCUUUUACAAGAAUGGUAUCAAACAAACAAACGAAAAAUAUUAUAAAAUCUUACAAUCAACAGAUCUACAGACUUAAGCGUUAAAAGUAAAUAUCCAUCCAUCCAUCUUCUUCCGCUUAUCUGAGUUUGGGUCGCGGGGGCAGACCUUCCUCUCCCCAGCUACUUCGUCCAGCUCUUCCCGGGGGAUCCCGAGGCGUUCCCAGGCCAGCAGGGGGACAUAGUCUUCCCAACGUGUCCUGGGUCUUCCCCGUGGCCUCCUACCAGCUGGACGUGCCCUAAACACCUCCCUAGGGAGGCGUUCGGGUGGCAUCCUGACCAGAUGCCCGAACCACCUCAUCUGGCUCCUCUCGAUGUGGAGGAGCAGCGGCUUUACUUUGAGCUCCUCCCGGAUGGCAGAGCUUCUCACCCUAUCUCUAAGGGAGAGCCCCGCCACACGGCGGAGGAAACUCAUUCGGCCGCUUGUACCCGUGAUCUUAUCCUUUCGGUCAUAACCCAAAGCUCAUGACCAUAGGUGAGGAUGGGAACGUAGAUCGACCGGUAAAUUGAGAGCUUCGCCUUCCGGCUCAGCUCCUUCUUCACCACAACGGAUCAAUACAGCGUCCGCAUUACUGAAAACGCCGCACCGAUCCGCCUGUCGAUCUCACGAUCCACUCUUCCCCUCACUCGUGAACAAGACUCCGAGGUACUUGAACUCCUCCACUUGGGGCAGGGUCUUCUACCCAACCCGGAGAUGGCACUCCACCCUUUUCCGGGCGAGAACCACGGACUCGGACUUGGAGUCUAUGGUUUUUUUUGGGGUUGGAAAGAUAGUGACAGAGAAUAGAACGAGGAUGGACUAUAAUAAUAUAUAUAUAUUGUUAUAUAUAGUUGGGCAGAAAAGUAUUUAGUCAGCCACCGAUUGUGCAAGUUCUCCCACUUAAAAUGAUGACAGAGGUCUGUAAUUUUCAUCAUAGGUACACUUCAACUGUGAGAGACAGAAUGUGGAAAAAAAAUCCAGCAAUUCACAUUGUAGGAAUUUUAAAGAAUUUAUUUGUAAAUUAUGGUAGAAAAUAAGUAUUUGGUCAACCAUUCAAAGCUCUCACUGAUGGAAGGAGGUUUUGGCUCCAAAUCUCACGAUACAUGGCCCCAUUCAUUCUUUACUUAUCACUGAUCAAUCGUCCUGUCCCCUUAGCAGAAAAACAGCCCCAGAGCAUGAUGUUUCCACCCCCAUGCUUCACAGUAGGUGUGGUGUUCUUGGGAUGCAACUCAGUAUUCUUCUUCCUCCAAACACGACCAGUUGAGUUUAUACCAAAAUGGAUACAUGGAUGAUACAGCAGAGGAUUGGGAGAAUUUCAUGUGGUCACAUGAAACCAAAAUAGACCACCUCAAUAACCCCAACCCCUUCUCCUGACUUCGGAGGUGUGAAGUUUGGCAAAUAUGCUUCUCCUUCACAUGUCCCAACACUUCUGUCCAUACAGUCGCUCUUUAUCUUUUUACAAUGUUCAGGGAUUCUUGCAUUCAACCCCCAAACCCUUGUUGUUGUCGACUGCGAGCCAACGUGCUAUCUAACACGUGCUAUCUAACACGUGCUAUCUAACACGUGCAAGCCGACCGUCCCUAAACCGGUUUCGACGUUUUCCGCGUCGGGAUGUCCGUCGCGUCUGCAGGCCAGAGGACGCCAUGGCAUUUUUUUUUUUUUUUCCAACUCCACUUCCUACCCCCGCACUCCCAAAAGGAGUCUAAAGAGAAGAAGCGUAGCCGCGUUGUCCUCCAAGCGUCGUAGUGUCUUUGACAAAACUAAUGGACCUAUAUUUGCCUGUAAAUGGUCGUCCUGUCCUUCGUCGUAUAGCUAAUGUGCUAGCAUGUAGCUUGCAUGAGAACCGUGGGUGAUGUUAGGUAGUGUGGGGACAUGGCGUGAGAGCGUGGGGGCGGGGGCGGGGUCAAAAGGUCAUCCCCCGUCCUCUGAUCUGCAGCGGACGCAAGACGUCGAGCCGUUUAAAAACAAAAACAAAAGGGAGGACAUAAAACGCUGACCUCUCAGUCGGUGCAGUGUUGAGCAGCGGCCACUAGGUGUCAGAAAAGUCUUUGUUUUUAUUUUUAUGUAAACAUUUAAUUUAUGUCCUCGCAUUUCCUCACAUUGACUUGAUGAACUUUUUUUUUUUUUAACCUUUAGAUGCUCCAAAACUUGAACGUUAGACAUUUUAACAUUAAAAAAAAAAUUUUUUUUGUAUUUCUGUAUAUAGUGUUGCCUUUACAAGCACACACACACACACACACACACUCACACACACACACAUGCACAUGUCUUGGUGUGUGUGUGUGUGUGUGUGUGUGUGUGUGUGUGUGUGUCUCAGACAGGUAUGUGUGUGUCUGUGGUAUGGAAGUACAAUUGUCUCACAUUAACUUAUAUAUAUAUAUAUAUAUAUAUAUAUAUAUAUAU